AUGGGCGUGUUUGACCGCGGGAUCCAGAUGCUCCUGACCACGGUCGGGGCCUUCGCCGCCUUCAGCCUCAUGACCAUCGCCGUGGGAACCGACUACUGGCUCUACUCGCGCGGCGUGUGCAAGGUCAAGAGCACCAACGAGAACGAGACCAGCAAGAAGAACGAAGAGGUGAUGACGCACUCGGGCCUCUGGAGGACCUGCUGUCUGGAAGGUGCGGUCCGGGCUUCCAGCAUCUUCCCCAUCCUGAGUGUGAUCCUCCUCUUCAUGGGGGGUCUGUGCAUCGCCGGCAGCGAGUUCUACAAGUCACGCCACAACAUCAUCCUCAGUGCCGGGAUCCUGUUCGUCUCCGCAGGUCUUAGCAACAUCAUCGGGAUCAUCGUGUACAUCUCAGCCAACGCCGGCGACCCGUCCAAGAGCGACUCCAAGAAGAACAGCUACUCCUACGGCUGGUCCUUCUACUUCGGCGCCCUCUCCUUCAUCAUGGCCGAGAUGGUGGGCGUGCUGGCCGUGCACAUGUUCAUCGACCGGCACCGCGAGCUGCGCGUGGGGGCGCGCGCCGCGGACUACUUACAGGGCGCCGCCACCAUCUCGCGCAUCCCCAGCUACCGCUACCGCUACCGGCGCCGCUCCCGCUCCUCGUCCCGCUCCACGGACCCCUCGCACUCCCGUGAGGCGUCGCCCGUGGGCCUCAAGGGCUUCCCGGCGCUGCCGUCCACGGAGCUGUCCAUGUACACGCUGCCCAAGGCGGGCCAGACCAGUCUGGACCCGGGCUCCACCUACAACUCCAACACCACCGAGAGGGACCACAACUUCCUGCAGGUCCACAACUGCAUCCAGAAGGACCUGAAGGAUGGAGCCAACCGCCGCACCACACCCGUAUGA